AUGAGAAGGAGAAACAAAGAACUUGAGUUAGAAAAAAGGGAAUUGUUAGUUACGUUAUAUGCUUCUUAUGCCAAAAUAUUUGCCCUUUCUGACAUGAGCGCUCAAGGCUCAAAAUACCAGAACAUAUUAUUGCUUGAAUCUGAAAGGUUUGUUUCUUUGCUGGCACUGUUGCAGAGAAAAACUAUUGCGAAGAUUAGUGAACUGAGACAUGCCAACGGGACCUCUCAAAAGUUGAAAGACUGCAGAAGAGCAGAUUUGACAUGGGCUGAAAUCCAAGAACAUCAAACAUCAUCAAGAAAGAUCUUGCAAACGGAACUUCAGAAGGCUUCAGACCAGAAACCUCAAAAAAUAACUACACAAUACCCUGAUACGAGCAGCAGUUCUUCUUACACCUCAUCAAUUGAUAGUGAAGAGCUAGAUAGUAGCACCAUUGAAAGCUCUUCAAGAAGACAGAGAAGCAUUAGCAAGAAUUCUGGCACAGGAAGUCCUUUGGAAAGAACUGGCAUCAUAUUCAGGUUUUCUACUUCAAUGACAUCAAUGCUAAGCACUAAACUAGAUGGUAUAUCUAGCGAGAAAAAUGUGCCGGUGCUGAAGGAUUUUACUGAAGAAACUACGAAGAAGCCAAAUCUUACAAAAGGAGAGUUUCUUUCAAUGAUGCAAUCAAGAGUGAAGGCAGGCCUGCAGUCUCAAUCUGCAUUGGCUGGAGAGAAACAUGAAUUUCCAUCAUCUGAGGUCUCUCUAGCAAAGCCAGACCAAUCAAGUGAUUCAAAUAGGAGAUCUAUUGACGAGGAUGAUCGUGAUGCCCAAGAGGUUAGAAGGACAUACAAAUCUUGA